AUGGAGGCAACAGUGAAAAAGUUUCAGCAGAAAUUUAAGAGGGUGAAAGAUGACAUGGAUAAAUGGGACGACCUCCAUGCUCGAUUAGUGUCACAGUUCAGAAAUGCUUCUUCCAUCAUUGGAAGGUUACAGUUGCUCGAAAAUCCCAAAAACUAUGGUUCCCUAAAAAACCUUGAUAACAUUAAAAAUACCAUCUUCACAAAGCAGAUGGAAUCCCUUCAGAAGAUCUUGCUUUCAAUGACUAAAACUCUGGUGGAAUUAAAUGGUGUUGUUAUGUCUCUUGCAAAAACUGUUCGUGAUGCUAAACAGCAAGUGAAAGGUGGUUCUGUUCAGCUUUCAAUGAAACAAUUACAUCAAAGAAUUGGUGUAAAACCAAGUAUUGCAGAUUGCUUAGAAGGGCUUCGGAUUCUACAUGAGAUGUAUCAAUCAGAGUAUGUGCUUAAAUCAUCCGUGACAUCAGCGCUUGCUAGCCUUGCCUUGAAACCAAGUGUUGGUGAUUUACAAAGUCUCGAGCGACUUUUGGUAGAUCAACCGAAUAUCCCGAAAGAAGAAGUGCAAUCCAUAUAUGACGUCGUAUUUGCUGAAGAAAUUUGUUGAUGUGGGAGAAUGUGAAAUUAAGGGUUUAGGUGUAGCCGUAUAGGACAUCAAAUCUUCUUUGUUUUAUUUUAGUUAAAAUGUUAGGGUUUAUAAAAAAUUUACAACUAUUUUUACUGAACAAUUCUACACAAAUAAAUUUUAUAACUUUCAACGAUCGAUUGAUUUUGACAAAAAUGUUGAUAUUAC